AUGGGUGGCGCGCUGCUGGAGGCGGCGGCGCGCGGCGACGCGGGGCGCCUUGCCAGCUUGUUGCGGGCGGGUGAGCGGCUCGACCAGGUUGACGAGAAUGGAUGCAGCGCCUUGCAACGAGCGGCAGCCGAUGGUCACGUGGAAGCUGUCAGGCUACUACUCGAAAAUGGUGCUGAUCCAAAUAGGCAAGACCAUGUGCAUGGCAACACUGCAGCGCAUGAAGCAGCAUGGAAGGGUUACUCCCGAUGUGUGGCGUUACUCGCGCGAGCGGGCGACUUGCGCGUACGCAAUGCGGCGGGAUUCGCGGCGUUACACCUCGCUACGCAGAACGGACACAACCAGUCAGCAAGAGAGAUACUGCUCGCUAAUGCCCCACCCGACUUACAAAAUAACUACGGAGAUACGUCCCUGCAUACAGCGGCGCGGUACGGUCACGCGGGUGUCACCAGAAUCCUCAUAUCAGCUCAGUGCAGAGUUUCUGAGCAAAACAAGAAUGGUGACACAGCACUACACAUAGCGGCAGCGAUGGGGAGAAGAAAAUUGACUAGAAUUCUUCUUGAAGCCGGUUGCGAUAAGUCCCUAAAAAAUCACCAAGGAGAAACAGCCAGAGAUAUUGCCACUAGAAAAGGUCUAAAUGAAAUUAUUGCCAUACUCAAUACCCCAGUCGCAAAACAACCUAAAAAGAAAGAGAAGCACCGAGAUAAAAGCAAAGAGCGAGGCAUAGACGAACCGGACGACGGCAAACAGAGAGACCGAAGCAAAGAAAAGAAAAAGAAGAAUGUCCACUUUGAGACUCCUCAAGUGAAAUGGUCUCCGUACGGUUGCCAUUACUAUCCAGAUCCCAAAUAUUUCCCGAAACCUAAGCUUAGUUCCCUUCCCACCGAACCGUUGAAAAAGGGUGAACAGUAUUACUUAGAUUUAGCGGGGAACAUUAAAAAGGGUCCGAUAGGUGCCGGAUAUACUUGCUACUGCGCACCAUUCUUCAAACACAUGGAAAACAAAUUAAAUGAAGAUAAGAAAGACUUAAAGAAGCAUAUUGACCGGGCGCAUGAAAAAAUUGACCAGAAAGUAACGGACUUGGAGAUGAAAACCCAAGGGCAAAUCUCUGAAUUGACGAGGUAUGUAGCGGCAGAACGAGCACUGUGCAAAGAGAGACAUAAACAUUUAGAACAGUGGCUCACUAGAGGAAUUAUGUUCCGUGCAUCAGAACGCGCUAAAAAACUGGAUUUCAGUCCUAAAGGUUCCGUGGAUAUACCACCUAUAAAGAGAACACGAAGUCUGGAGCUUUUGGAUGUAAAUUCGGAGGAAUGGAGUACUGUUGAUAAUCAUAUUAGGAACUAUGAUAAUUCUGAACUUAACGAAUGCAACGAUUUAGACUGUAAAGCGACUUCCAAGAGUACCGAAGGUCUAGACAGGACUCCAAGGAGUCCAAAAAGAAAGCAUAUACUUAAGAAUUCAAAAAGUAGUGAUCACUUGGAUGCUGGGCCGAGCAGGAAUUGCAGAUCUCCUUUUACGAUAACAUCUCACAUAAAUUGUGCAGAGCAGCCACAGAGUGUAACGGCAGAAGUUCAUGAAUAUUUAAAUAAACCAUCUGAAUUACGAACACCGACACCCAACGAGAUUUCAGUCGUUAAUGAUAGUUAUACAUCCCCUAGUCGCCAAUCUAUAUCUUCCCCAAGUAGUAUAAGAUCUCCAGGAAGUCAUUCGGAGACAAGAGAAGUCCAUAGAAAUCAGGAAGACGUAUCACAGAGCGUACCAGCCUGGAAGAGCCAAGUAUUGCAAAGAACUGCAGACGAUAUAAGAAAGAGAGUAAUGUUAGAAAAAGAAAUGGCAGAUGUCAUGAUUAGAAAUUCUCGAGCGCUGGAGAAUAUUCCUCAAGAUGGUUACGUUCGAUUGAGACAAAAUCUCCAAGAAAAUAACGUUGAUAGGGAGCCACGGAAAUCUGUGCAAGAAUUGGUAGCCCAAGUAGAACAUCAACACAGAUGUAUAUCACCUGAAAGAUUGCCAUUAAGUAUAAAAGUACCUGAAAGAGAUUCAACAUUACCACCAAAACAACCGAUUCAGCCUAUAUUAAAAAUGCCACAACAACCUCAAAGGCCAGCGCCGGUUUUAAAAGAAAAACCACCGAAAACCAAAAGAUUUAGUCUUCACAAUCUCAUACCCUUCCCAACGAGAAAAACCUUCCAAAGUCCACAGAAAGAAAACGGAAAUAAUUCUGAAAGCAGCGAUGAAGAGGACAAUCCCAUUAGAACUACGAACCAACCAGGACCGAUGAGAAAUACGAAUCUCUUACAAACCUUACCUCUGCCCAAUUACGAGACCAUGUCUACAAAAUCGCAGUCACCCGCGCCUCAAGUCCACACUAGUUAUCCUCACGACAUUCGCAUGAUACCGAAAGACGCAUACUUUCAUGAAUUACCAAACAGACAAGUUCAGCAGCAGAUGCCCUAUAGAGAAAUGGAAAAUGCUCAUUCACCGCAAUAUUGCCAAGAGCAUUACGACUACGAACCGGGCCUCCCACAGGCACAGCAGAGCAGGAGCAGAAACCCGAUAUACCACAAUCAGACCGGUGUCUUCCACGCAAUGAUGAACGACCACAUCAUCCGGGAAAUAGAGCGAAUACCUCACUGCUACAGCGAACAUUUGGACCAGAACACGGAAGUAGAGAUCGCCAAUCAAAAUGAACACUUUCGAGGUUACUACGAUCACAAUCCGCCAAUGUAUCCGAACUACGAAAGAAACCCACAUCUGAGGAAACCAGACCAUACACUCUUACACAGUAGAUUGCAAUCGUUAGCAAUAAACACGCAUUUGACGGAAACUCAAAGCCAAACAGAUCGGGAGUCACACAACGAUUCGGGGUACAGCACAAAGGUGUACGGCAGCUCACAGGGUCCCUCGCCGAGUCUUUCGGGCAACGUGGAAGACAACCUCUCGGGUCAGAGAGUUAAUGUCAUUAAUAAGGAGCAGUUAGGCACCUCGAGCUUAGUGUAA